AUGGCGGAGACAAAUUCAGCCUGGGAUAUGGUCACUCCAAUGCUUCUGUUUUCCUGCUUCUGUCUGUUGGUGGGAGACGUCCUCUUUGGUUAUGAUACUGGCAGCUUUGGUGGCAUUCUUGCCAAUCCGGGAUUUAUUAACCAAUUUGGUCAAUACAGCUCAAUUACCCAAGAGUACUCUAUCGACUCUCUCCAUACUUCUUUGCUGAGCUCUCUCGCGUUCAUCGGAAAGUUCAUUGGGUGCUUGGUCGCUGGCCCGGUGAUCGAGCGUUUUGGACAUCGUGUUGUUUUCUAUGCUCUUUCGAUAAUAUCCAUCAUUGGCGUUAUUAUUGAAAUUACUGCGGCAGGUACCGUUUCCGGCAGCGGCCGAUUGGUUCAGUUCAUCAUCGGGAGAAUCAUCGUCUACAUAUCAAUCGGCCUCGUCGAGGUCGAUGUGACAACAUACCAAUGCGAGAUCGUCCCAGCCAAUUUCAGAGGCCUCGUAAUUGUGUCGCUGCAGCUUUUCCUGAACUCCGGUGCAGUCAUUGCCAGUGCAGUGAACAAGGGAUUCUCCACGAGCAGCGACAGCGUGGGCUGGAAAACUGUGACAGGGAUCCAGUUCAUUUUUCCCGUUUUGAUCAUCUGCUUCACGAUUUUAAUACCCGACUCUCCACGUUGGUUGCUAUCCAAAGACCGAAACGAAGAUGCCAUCCUUGCUUUACGACGCCUCAGGCCAAAAGAGGAUUCCGAAAAUGGGAAUUGUGAAAGGGAGAUUAUGGCAAUUAGGCAGGCUCUUCAAGAGCAUAUACACAAGGGGCCAUGGGUGGAUCUCCUGCGGGGAGACAACUUCCGCCGAACAAUGAUUGUGCUCGUCUAUUAUUUCUUUCAGCAGACUACGGGUCAAGCAUUCUUUUCUACAUACCAAACGACAUUUUACAAAUCGAAUGGAUUUGCAUCGCAAGCAUUUACAUACCCGAUCAUCAGUUCGUGUCUUGGUGUCCUAGCCGUUAUUCCGGCGAUGUAUAUGGUUGACAAGCUUGGCCGGCGCGAGAGUUUAUUCAUCACCUUCUUCUUCCAGGCCCUCUGGAUGUUCCUGCUGGCUGGGCUUGGAGGAGAAAACCACAAGACGUCUACUGCAAAGAAUGCCAUCGUAGCUUCAUUCAUGCUCUAUGCAUUCUCUUACAGUCUGGGCGGUGCUUCCAUUCCAUAUCUUCUUGGGACCGAGAUUCCUAACGCAUCAGUCCGCGAGAAGACCCAAGCACUCGGUACUUCGUGGAACGUCAUAUGGGCCUUUGUGACGAAUUUCAUCAUUCCUUAUAUGAUCGAUGCCAUCCACUUCCAAGUGGGCUGGAUCUUUGGCGGCAUUUCACUGCUCGCUUUGGUAUACACUUUCUUUACUUUGCCAGAGACGAAGGGUUGCGAUCUCGAGGAGCUUGAUGCUGUUUUUGCGACCCCAUUCAAUCCUUUCCGUCCCAAAGAUGGACAGGACCAAUCUACCACACGGAAGGAUCUUGAGAGUCCUUCGGCAGGAGGCCUCAGAAAAGCGAAUCAUAUGGAUUGA